GGGAAUGGGUGGAAUAGGCAAGACAACUCUUGCUCGUGCAAUAUUCAACAGAAUCUCAAGUCAAUUUGAAAAGGCACACUUCCAAGAUAAUGUCCGAAAAGAAUGUGAAAAAAGUGAAUUAACUUAUUUGAGUCAGAAAGUUCUUUUUGCAAUAGUAGAUGAUAAAGAUGCCAAUUUAGAUUUCAUCUUCACAAAAAGGAGACUUUGCAGUAUGAAGAUUCUUAUUUGUUUUGAUGAUGUAACAUGUUUUGAGCAAAUAGAAAAGUUUACUGGUGAUUGUUUUGGUUCUGGAAGUCGUAUCAUCAUAACAUCAAGAGAUAAACAAGUGCUUAAAACUUGUGGAGUGGAGCAGGAUUACAUAUACAAGGUUAAGGAGUUAUCAUAUUAUGAGGCUCUUGAACUUUUUUGUCGACAUGCCUUCAAACAAAAUCAACCCACUGCAGGUUACAUGGAGCUAUCUGAAUUGGCAUUAACAUUUGCUAAAGGCAUUCCAUUAGCUCUUAAAACUUUGGGUGGUUUGCUAUUUGAGAAGACAAAAUCAGAAUGGGAAGAUGAAUUGAAUAAGCUUGAAAGAAUUUCGAAUCCGAAGAUCGAAGAUGUGCUGAAAAUAAGUUACGAUGGAUUAGAUGAUGAACAUAAAAAUAUAUUUCUAGAUAUUGCAUGUUUCUUUAAUGGAGAUGAUAAGAAUUUUGUGAUGAAAAUCCUAGAUGACAAUGGGUUUGCUGCAAAGAGUGGAGUAAGUGCUCUCAUUGAUAAAUCUCUCAUAACUCAACCAGAAAAUGACAAGAUAAUAAUGCAUGAUUUAUUACAAGAAAUGGGGAGGAAAAUUGUCUCCAAAGAAUCAAAAAAUCUUGGCAAGCGCAGUAGGUUAUGGCAUCGUGAAGAUAUCAAUCGUGUAUUGAAGACAAACAUGGGGACUGGAGCAAUUGAAUGCAUUCGUUUGGAAAUGUCAAAAGCAAAACCUUUCAAGUUACAUCCCCACGCUUUCUCAAACAUGCAUAACCUCAGAUUCUUGGAUUUUUAUUGCGAUAUUGGUUGCUCAUGCAACUUUUACAACUCACACUGUAAAGGUGGCUACAUAUGCAAAGAAGGGGAGAUUGAUAAUAAGGUUCAUCCUUCUGAAGAUCUUGAAUUUGUUCUUUUUGAACUAAGGUACUUCUGUUGGUAUGGAUAUCCGUUGCCAUCAUUGCCAUCAACUUUUGAUGUAGAGAAUCUUGUUUCACUUGUCAUGCCAUGUAGCAAGAUUAAAAUUUUGAAUUUUGUCCAGCAAUAUGAUAAAUUGAAACACAUUAAUCUCAGCAACUCAAAGCUCCUAACCAGAAUCCAAGACCUCUCAAUGAUCCCAAAUGUUCAGAGUUUGAUUCUAGAAGGUUGUACAAGUUUGAUUAAGGUUUUUUCAUCUAAAAAAUAUCUCGAGAAGCUUGCUAUAAUCAAUCUUCGAGGUUGUAAAAGCCUCAAGAGUUUUCCUAACACCAGUUGUUUGAAGUCUCUUGAGUCUCUAGAUCUAUCUAGUUGUCAAAUCCCUAAGUCAUUUGGUAAUCUCAGCCAAUUAUCCUUUCUAAGAAAAUUAUUUCUUGUCGGACAAAAUUUUGAGUUAAUACCAGGCAUCGAAAAGCUUUCUAAUUUGGUUACUUUGCACGUAUGUAAUUGCCAAAGGCUUCGAUCCUUGCCAGAGCUUUCUAAUUUGGUUGAAUUGGACGUAAGUAAUUGCCAAAGGCUUCGAUCCUUGCCAGAGCUUUCUAAUUUGGUUACUUUACACGCACGUAAUUGCCAAAGGCUUCGAUCCUUGCCAGAGCUUCCAGGUCUUUAUAAUUUGUAUGCAGAUAAUUGCACAUCAUUAGAGGCAUUACGUGUUCCUUUGUUAAGGAGAACAACUAUCAGGCUUGCCAAUUGUCACAAACUGGAUAGGAAUGUGCUCAAAGCCAACGUGGAAAAUGCUCUGGAAUUAUAUGCUGAGAGGCGGAAGCAUUCAGCACCAUUCUUGCAAGGUUGUUUCCCUGGAAAUGAAAUUCCAAAUUGGUAUAGCUAUCAAAAUAUGGGAUCUUCUAUGAUAAUCAAGCUACUACCAGAUCUUACGAACUAUAAAUCAAUAGUCUUUGAUGUGUGCUUUGUUGUAAAUCCACAUCAUCCUGUUGAUCAUGGUCCACCUCUCCUUGAUUCUGAGUUAUUUGACGAGUACUGGCAUUACCAUUUCCACUCUCACGUGGAAAAGCACUACAUUCCACUAGAUCAUGUAUGCGUGAUGGGUAUGUCCGUGGAAAAACAAGGAGAUGAACAUGCGUGGAAUGAACUAGGGAAUGCCUCCGUUUUUUUGCAUUUUCAUUGUCUUUAUGAAAAUCUAAAAUACUGCGAGGUGAAAAAGUGCGGGGUUAAUAUAUCCUAUGAAAAAGCUGAGAAGGAAGAAUCCACACAAAUUUCAGCACCAAAGAAAAGGAGGAAGGGAAAGAGCAGUGGCGGAUCCAGCCACUUUUUGGGUUUGGGUGGGUCAUGCCCCACCCUCAAUUUGUGUGGGUUUGCAGGCCUAGAUUAAGUGUUUUAGCUUGAGUUGUUUAGGUUGAUUGUAUUGGUUGGGCCGUCUGAGUUUUUUGUAUUUGUAGGGUUGAUCUUGAUUCUGGAUUUCUGAAUAAAGUGUUUGCUGUUUGUUUUCAAGGACAAAUAAGGGGUUGAGGUGAUUGGCUCUAACUGAGUAUCCUUCUAGUUUCGGGAACAGAAUGAGAGGCUAGGUUGAAUUGUAAGCGGAAGCUUUUAGUAAUGCUCUAAUAUCAUGUAAGUAAUCGAGAAAGAGAGGCAAAGAGGAGCAGUUCAAGACAAUGAUACUGCCAGAGUAUGCCAAAGAGAAAGAAAAGAAGAGAGAAGAAGUUAUGUAUAUUUCUAUAUAUACUGUAUUGUAAGCCUGUACAAUGGCUAAUUUAUACAAGUUCUGUAAAUGUAAAUUAAGAAAGAUAUAAAUACAAAUCCCUUUAAUUCAAUCA